GCAGGUGGUUAUUGUUUUGCGGACCACUGACUAUUUUUUCAAUCAGUUGUCCACAAACAGAGAGAGAGAGAGAGAGACAUAUGUAUGUGUCUAUUGAACACGAAAAUUUACCGGAAGUGAAAGUGGAUUGCAUGAAUAAACUACGAUCGACUUACCAAAACUUGAAAACCGGAAGUGAAUAAUUGCACAAUCGUCAAGUAAACAAACAUGAAUAGAAUAUAAGGCCAGGGUGUCAAAUAAGUUUAUUAACACGAUGGCCUCGGGAGGAGAUGUUGGUCGUUAUUCGCAAACCCAUACCUGGGCGCCACACCACAGGAAUAAUUAUUUCGAACAAAGCGAUGAGGUGUUAGCCCUGGAAUCAAUAUAUGGAGAAAAUGAGAUGGGAUUAAAUAUUCUUAGUCGCCCUGAAACUGAAGCUGACAAUGAACCAAAAAAUGGACUAUUCUCAGUUCAGAUGUCUGUGCCAAUUGAUACAUCAGAUGAGAGAGUUACAGUGGACGUAUGUGUGCCAUUAAAUGAACUACAAAAUAAUGUUGACUUCUCUAAAUUCAAAAGAUCCGACUCAGGAAUGAGAAUCAUUGGUUCUGUAACUGUCAGACACUUGUAUCCGAUCAGCCUUACAAUCGUGCUUCCUCAUGAGUACCCCAGCAGUGCCCCUCCAAAGUUCACCAUAUCCUGCCCUUGGCUGACCUCUCUCCAGAUGACCUCGCUAUGUCAGGCCAUGGACAGACUAUGGGAGGAGUCCAUGUAUAUGCCUGUUUUAUUUACUUGGAUCACAUGGCUUCAGGAAAAUGUCAUGAAUCACCUUGGUUUGAGAAAUAGAAUAUUUCUGCAAGAUGAUUUGGAUGAAGGUGACAGUCGGGUUAUAUCUGAACAGAUGCCAAUUGAAGAGGCCUUCACAAGUAUGAUAAGGUAUGACCAGCAGAGAGAGGAGGAGGAAUUUGCGCAGAGUGAACAGGAGUGUGGGAUCUGUUUCACACAGCAAGCUGGCUCCUUGUUUCUAAGGUUACGACCAUGUAAACACCACUUUUGUCGCAUAUGUGUCAACGAAUACUGCAGGACGCAUAUAAAGGAGGGAAAUGUUCUAAACUUAAUCUGCCCUGAAACAGACUGCAAAUCAGAAAUUCCUCCGCCCAUGGUAACGGCAAACCUUACCCCUGAAGAGUAUGAGAGAUAUGAGACACUUUCUCUCAGGAAGGGACUGGACUGUAUGGGUGACAUUGUAUGGUGCCCCCGCUGUCAGAAUCCGGUCAUUCAGGAGAAGGAGGAGGCUCUGAGACUAGGUCACUGUCUUGGCUGUGUGUACAGCUUCUGUACCGACUGUCAGGAACCUUGGCACCAGGGAAGAUGUUACUCAGAUAUAUUUCAGGAAGAAGAAGAUGAGAAACUCAGACAAACAAAAAGUGAAGCAAUGCAGAAAAAGAGAGAAAGACUAGCCAGAUUAAAAGAAGAAAGGCUUUCCCGUGAAAUAAUUGAAAAAACUACACGUCCAUGCCCUAAUUGUAAAAUGGAUAUAUCCAAAAUGUCUGGGUGUAACAAAGUCAGUUGUGUGUAUUGUAACCAUUCGAUGUGCUGGGGGUGUGGUUUAGAUAUCACCAAGGAAUCAUAUGGACAUUUCUCCAAAUGUUCAUUGAGUGUUAUGCAUGAGGAAAUAUUUGAUGCCGGUAAUAUUUACAAUGAUGGAGGAGUUAACUAUGUAAUACGACCUUUUGCACGUGCACAUCAAAAAGAAAAAAAUCCGAUUGUUGUAGAAAUUGAAGUAGCCCUUGCAGCAAAUCCAGAUGAGAAGAUAAAUCUUAUUCGUUGUCCUUUCUGCAAACAGAAAAAUCUGAGAAAAAACCAGGACAACCAUAUCCGAUGCUGGAAUUGCACACGCAGUACUUGUUUUCAGUGCAAGAAGGCCAUUUCUGAAAAUCCGAUUACUAAACAUUUUUCGACUCCAAAUCUCUGCAAACAACACUCCAGUUGACAGAUUGAUUUGAUCUAUAAAGCCAGUCCAGAAUUUUUGUUCUCAUUCCUUAGCAUCCGAAGACCAUGCCUGAAAAAAAAGUUGGCCACCGAUAGGUCCAAUACAUUACAACACCCUUGUUAGAGCCUUUUAAAUAAAGAAGAGCAAGAUGUUUUGUUUUUCUUUAAGACACUUUAUUAGCUAUAUAACAAAAUAAUUGACUUGACAAACAUAAACUUAUUAAAAAAAUGUACAUUGUU